CAACAAGGAUUUUUUUUUUUUUGUUCGCAGUUUUAUACACGCAGCUACACGCUUAGUGACAGCGCCUUAUUCGACCAGCUAAAGCUGCAAAUCCGGCGGGUGCUUUUCUUGUUUUAUGCCGACCUGUCAAAAUCGUCCCUCGGUUUCGAAUCGGAUAGAUUAUCAAAGUGAUUCUUCCCAGCGGUCAUAGCACUCGCUCUUUACGUUUGACGUUGCACCGGAGAAAGCGUCUUCUUGUUGACCCAGUAUCCAUCAAAUUGCGGUAGCACUUUGGGUCGUUAGAACCUCCGAGGUUCAGGUGUUUUUGCCCAUUGUUAGCCCUUUGGACGUCAUCCCAGUCGCUGUUUGGACUCGACACUACCUCCUCACAGGAUGCCGCCGUGGAGGGGUAUCCUGGGGUGGGCUGUUUGGCCGAUACUAAUAGGAUGGGUGAACGGUCAGAGCACGACUGUGAACGUCCUAAUGAAGCCCUUGUUCUACGAUUCAACUGCGGACGAACUCAAUCAACUGAUCUCACUCAAGAAUCAGUUCUUCCAGUCCACUGGAAUAGAUAUUCGCUUUGACUUGCAACCACCUCAAACGGCAGAUCCUGCUGACUACUAUGCGUUUGUCCACCCCUUGCUCAGCAAAUCCGAUUCAACGUACGAUAUCAUUGCUCUCGAUGUGUCAUGGCUGGAGGAAUGGCCGGGGGCUUUUUUCAAUCUAUUCACAUGGGGCCCAGAGACCGGGCAGGCGCAGAUUGGGCAGGCGGUAAGUGACAGGGUUAGUGAGCAGUAUGCGGGCAUUGUAAAUAGUGAUGCGGUGAAGGGAAAUUUAGUUGCCUUGCCGAUGUGGACGGAUUAUGGAGUGAUAUACGCAAGAACGGAUUUGCUAGCAAAAUACAACGUGACGAUGCCGACGAGUUUGGAUGAUAUGGCCGCCGCUUGUGAAACCAUUUAUCCAGCUGAACUGGCUUCGCAUCGCUCUCUUCUGUGCUUUGUAGCCGGCUUUCAAGGGCUGGACAUUGUUGAGCUAUUUUCCGAACUUUUCAUGACCGUGAGCCCAUCCGGGGGCGAUCUGUUAAAGUUUGGCCAUCAAGUCGCAAUAAAUAACCCUCAAAAUCAAGGCGUUCUUAACGAACUAUUGGAAUGGAUUUCGAAAGGAUACAUCUCUCAAAAGACUCUCGCUUUUACCGGUACAAAGGCGCUACAAACCUGGUUGACCGGUGACGCCAUUUUCUAUCGGGGCUCCACUUCUGCGGCAAAGAGAACCUCGGAGGCAUUUGCCGGAAAGGGAUGGACAUAUAAAGUAAUCUCAGGCAACAGCCCCGGAGCGGCAAACCCGUUUGCCUCCGUACGAGGGGGAUAUCAUUUGGCAAUGCCACGAGCUGGAGGGCAUCAGAAUGAUACUCAGGUUAUUCAAGCCUUACUGUUCUUGACUGGAUCAGUGGUGCAGCAGGCGAGGGCCGCCACGUUCGGUGCACCCCCUACGUUAAAGACUUUGUAUAAUGAUUCAGCAGUCUGUGCCUCUGUACGCUGCGAUGUAAUUCCCAGUCUCGUACCAUUUAAUCUUCCAUCUAGCGCUGCUGCACCAGUUUGGAUUGAAGUAGCGCUUACAAUGUCAAAGUACUUUGCGGGGAUUCUCGCCGGUACAUACGCUGUCAGCGCCGGUCUUGAUGCCGCCACCACCGCGAUCAUGAAUAUUUUCAAUAAAACUUCAGAUACGGGUUUGGGAACAACCGCGAUAAUACUCAUAUCGGUUUUCAUGUCUCUAGCGGCGGUGGGACUUUUGGCGGGGACCGGAGUAAUUGUAUGGAAAAGGAAAACACGACGAAAGCAAAAGGAGGCUAAAGCCAGUAGUGAGAAGGCUGUGGCGGUAGACGAGGAGAGCCCUCCAACAAAUGGCCAGGCGUUACCACCGUUGGCAGAGAUCCCAGAGGCAACGAGAUUACAUGUAUCAGUACGUCCAGCUCGACGACCCGAAAGCGGGGAUGUCGCUGUUGGGAAUCAAAAAAUACCAGCAGACGGUGUAUCAAGCGCUGAACGAGGUUCCUACGAUCUAGGCGAAUACCGAGUAUAUGACAAAGGAAAGCCUCGAAGUCGAACAUCCUCCACCGAGGGCCAACUCACUCAAAAGUUCACCGUCAUCCACCCCUACAAACCCGUCAUGGGCGACGAAAUGGAAAUCAAACCCGGCGAUGUAGUCUCUGUGCGCUUAGCUUACGACGACGGCUACGCCUUUGGUCAAAUAGAAGGCAGCGGAGGUAAAGCUGGCGUCUUCCCGCUCGCCUGUCUCCUUCCGGUCGGUUUAGAAGUUGGGCUCCCAAGUCGGCUCGAGAGCGGCGCGAUGAAUAUGGCCGUCAUGCAGCACGCACCCGAAAAAGUGGAUUCCCUUGAAAUGCUAUUAUUGAGUGGUCGCAUCACGGAGCAAACGUAUCUGGCCCUGCGAAGGGAGCAAGAAGAAGAGUUACGGACUCAAAGGCAGAUUACGGCGUUGAGGGAGCGGCUAAGAGAUUCCAGUCUUGAGCAGGAGGAACGGAAAAAGUUGCAGCGAAGACUGGAUGAAUUGGAGUUGGGUAUUUAAAUGUGACGGUAGACAAAUAGUUUUUAGGAAUAGGUUGAGAGUGUCGGCGGGGAAGGGUAUCCAUCCUAUAAGGGCAAGGAAGGAUAUCUCGUUGCUUCCUGUAUCUUUUAGUUCCGCAUUUUUUUUUUGAUUUUCUAAUUUUAUUUUGGAGACAGACUGCAUUGUUUGGCUCAAGGAGUAUGUCCACAUUAUCUAGUGAUGUGCACGGUUACAGUUGUAGUAUUGUGGAUGGAGCGAGAACGGUGAGGCGAUUGGCC